AUGGUUUAUUAUGAGUCCGGCGCUUGGGCUAACGACGAGGAAUGGAAUAAUAACUUUCUGGAAAAUUCCGAGAUUGAUUUCGAUACGAACGUACAACCAAUACAAAUAUCACAACCAAGAGUGUCAAAUGUCAUUAUCUAUCCCAUUUUCAAGGACAAAACAGUGAUGAUAGUGCCGAAAUCUAAACCAUACCCUGAGUUUUUAGCUUAUCUACAAUUGUUCACGUCCACCAAUGUAUUCAUUUACAUUAUCUUCACUAUCGCUUUGACUAUAGUCCUAUUGACGUUGAUUCGACACAAGGACGACAAAGAGGCCAAUUUGUUCAAAAGCGGAUCAGACAUUUUGUAUCUCCUAAUGAAUGAGAACGGGUUUAUAACCUAUCAGAUGCGGUCUCUUUCGGAAAUUUGUCUACUCGUACCACUAACCUUCGCCGGAUUUAUAUUUGUCAAUGGCUUUAUGUCCAUCUUGCAAAGCUAUCUCAUUCAACCAGUCAUGCAACCUCAAAUCAAUACGUUGGAGGAUAUUUACAAAAGUAACAUCAUGAUUUAUCCAGACUUGGAUGAUUUGCAGGAUAUGUUUCGAAGCCUGACUACUUACAAAGGACGUAAAGAAGCAUCAAACAGUUAUACAUAUAAGAGCCGACUUCGCGGACGUUUUUCCGGCAUAUUUUCUGAGUCGGAGAAUUUUUGGAAAGAAAAAGAGCAAACCGAAGAAAAGCUUGGCGUUAGAGGCUUUCACAUUUCUGAUGUGUACCUCGACGAAAGUUUAUAUGCAUAUCGCGUAAACGAUGCGUUUCCAUUUGCUGAUCGCAUGAAUGAUAUAAUUAGUCGGCUUCAAUGUGCCGGAUUGAUUGAGAGAUGGACACGAUUUACCGCUGCUGCACCAUUUACAGGCAACGUAGAGGACCGAGACAAAUUACUUAGAGAAGAAGUAGUUUUUCACUAUCUAUCUGCACCCAAUCUACCCUAUAAUGAAGAACCUUCUGAUUUCCCAAUAUUUGUUAUUUAUGGCUGGGGUGUAAGUGCAAUCGUAUUUUUCAUGGAAAUUUUAUUUCAUUUACUGUUAUCUAACUUUUCGCGUAUUCGACGCGGUCUUGCUGCCGGGUGCUCAAAACGUGGAAUUAAAUCAGUCAAAGAACGCAUUUUUCAUCUCUUCCGGAAACUUUAA